UCCGACUGGGCCGUCCGGGUCGCUGCCUCUCUCUGCUCUCGCGCGCUUGUCCGGGCCGGCGCGCCCGCCCGCCGAGAUGGAGGGCGAAGAGGCUGAGGAGCAGCAGCAAUUCUCUUACCGACAGAGGCUAAAGGCAGCAGUUCACUACACUGUUGGUUGUCUUUGUGAGGAAGUUGCGUCGGACAGAGAGAUGCAGUUCAGCAAGCAAACCAUUGCAGCGAUUUCGGAGGUGACUUUCCGACAGUGUGAACUUUUUGCCAAAGACCUUGAAAUGUUUGCAAGACAUGCAAAAAGAAGCACAAUUAACACUGAGGAUGUGAAGCUUUUAGCCAGGAGGAGUAAUUCACUGCUAAAAUACAUUACAGAGAAAAAUGAAGAGAUCACCCAGUUUAACCUAGAACGAAAGGCAAAGAAGAAAAAGAAGCUAGAGGAUGGAAACAAAGAUGCAGGAGAGCCACUAGAGGUUGGAGUCGAGGAAAGUGAGAGUUAAACUCUGUUGCUGUUUGGAAAAGCCAUCCAGAAAUGCAUAUUGCCACAAAGGGAAUUUAGAAGGGAUAAGUGAAGAUUAAAAAAAAAAAAAAAAAAAAAAAA